AUGGAACAUGGUCUAAACGGAAAAGAUGAUAUCCAAAUAAAACUGAUGGAAGAAGAAUGCAUCCUAGUGGAUGAAAGUGACAAAAAAAUUGGAUCUGCUUCAAAAAAAGUGUGUCACAAACUAGAAAAUAUAAACAAAGGAAUGUUGCACAGGGCCUUUAGUGUAUUUCUAUUCAAUUCAAGGAAUGAAUUAUUACUUCAGCAACGAUCGUUAGCAAAAAUAACUUACCCUGAUCAUUGGACCAACACAUGUUGUAGUCAUCCUCUCAACAUACCCCUUGAAUUAGAGGAAGAUGAUGCAAUUGGUGUAAAAAGAGCAGCUCAAAGAAAACUGAAACACGAACUAGGAAUAGAAAGUGCAGAAGUUCCACUUGACAGUUUCAAAUAUUUGAUGAGAAUCAAGUACAAAUCUGAAAACGUUCCAGCUGACAACACAUGGGGUGAGCAUGAGAUAGAUUACAUCCUUAUUGUACAGAAAGAUGUCACACUAAAUCCUAACAACAAUGAAGUUAAAGAAACUAAAUAUGUAGACAGUCAAGGAUUAAAAAAACUUUUAGAAUCUGAAUCAAGUGGAACACUAAUAACACCAUGGUUCAAGUUAAUAGCGAACGAAUUUCUCGAUGGGUGGUGGAACAACUUAAGCUCUCUCAAUGAAGUGACACAACAGACAAAAAUCUAUAAAUUUUGA